AUGGCAAAUGCACGAACAUUAAGGGGGUUCGCUGCUCCUGAUUUAACUCAACAGCCUUUGUGCAUUACUUUUUCAAGUUUAAAUGAUAACACAUCUUUUGAGUUAAAAUCUGGCAUAAUUCAUCUCUUACCAUUUUUCCAUGGUUUACCAGGUGAGGAGCCCUUUAAGUACUUGCAAGAAUUCGAUGUUGUUUGCAACAGUAUGAAGCCUCCGAGAAUUACAGAAGAGCAGAUAAAAAUGAGAGCCUUUCCCUUCUCUUUGAAAGACUCCACGAAAGAGUGGUUGUACUACCUACCACUAGGUAGUAUCACCAUGUGGGAUCAGCUGAAGAAAAAAUUCUUGGACAAGUACUUUUCGGUGUUUCGAUCUGCAAACCUAAGGAAAGAGAUAUGCGGUAUCAAACAACACCCAAGUGAGUCCCUCUAUGAGUACUGGGAGAGGUUUAAGAAGUUGUGCAUCAAAUGCCCUCAGCAUCAGAUAAGUGAGCAACUGCUCAUCCAAUAUUUCUAUGAGGGGUUACUCUUCAGGGACAGGAGCAUAAUCGAUGCUGCAAGUGGAGGGGCGUUAGUGAAUAAGACUCCUCGGGUAGCAUGGGAGUUGAUUGAAGGGAUGGCUGAGAACUCACAACAGUUUGGUUUAAGAGAGGACAUCCCGAUGCGUAAGGUGAAUGAGGUAGAAACAUCCUCUAUACAACAGCAACUCUCUGAAUUGACAUCUUUCGUGCGACAACUAGCCGUAGGAAGUGCCUUACAAGCCAAAGUAUGUGGGGUAUGCACUGCCGUGGGUCAUUCUACGGAGAUGUGUUCACUGGUUCAGGAAGAAACUGCAGAACAGGUGAACAUGGCUGGUCAUGAGCCCGCACCAAGAAAGCAGUACGAUCCUUACUCAAACACCAACAAUCCUAGUUGGAGAGAUCAUCCCAACCUUAGAUAUGGAGGGAACAUGCAGUCCAAUUUCGUACCAAAUAGGCAGCAAGGGUACCAGCAGCAGUACCAACCUCGCCCACCACCACCCCCUUCGAACUCAAGUCCGUCCAUGGAAGAGAUGAUGAAGCAACUACUUGCGAAUCAACAAAAGACGGAUUCAGACCUGUAA